AUGAAAGUGCCUUAUUCGUGGUUCGUUCUCCUAUUUCUGGUAGGAUUAUUAUCUGUUUCUGAAUGAUAUUGAGGUAUUUUUCAUUUUAAGUGAAACAUUUUUCAUCUAUUUCCUCACUUAUGACUGGUAAGGUGAAAACUUUUCCGUUACUAAAAUGCCGCUAAAAGAUGACCAUCAUCAAACAACAUCCUGAAAAUUUCGAUCGUGUCUCUAUACAUCUUUAAGAACUAAAAAAAACUAAUUCAGAUAAAUUAGGAGAGCUCUAUCGACAAGUUAAUUUUGUAAGACACUGUUUCUCUCCAUCGAUCGGGUACUCAGGUUGCUGAUUAGCUUAAUUACUUUUUUCGACCAAAUUCUACCAUUACUUAAAUAAUGACUAUUUUUAAGUGAGACCGUAUUAAGGAAGUUUAAAAAAAAAGAUCGGGAUGUAAUUCGCCAGGCUUUAAACAACCAUGAACCUAAUGUAGGCAUAGCUAGGGUAUUUGCCUUGAGACUUUGGAUUGUUUGUAUGAACUAUGUUAAAAUAUGCAUACGAUCUGAGUGUGUACAUAUUUGUUAAAAAAAGCAUCAUUUAUGUCUUUACAAAUACGAUGUAAUAUCAAGAUCAAAGAGAAAAAAUUUAAGACAUACGAUAAUUUCAGAGCUACAACUAGUUUCAGGCCUCACGAAACGAUUAUUGAGGAUUCUCUGUCUCUAAAUACUUUGUUUAAAGUACAUUAUUCAUCCUUCUCUGCAAAAGAAACAUCUUGUAAAGUAUCGUUACAAGAGAUAUACUUUAAUUGCUUUUCAGGUUGUGAGAUCAAACGGAGAACAAGGUAAGUCUGAUAGUGAAAGGUAUGUACCAGCGGCAGUUACCAUCAUUUCUAGGCUGAAUCCCUUUUAUCGUCAAGCUGUGACUGAAAAUUGAACGGCUGCAUCUGUCGUAUUAAGUAUUAUAUUCUGGGUUCAAAAUAGAACACCUCCCAGGCUCCUACGGUCAUUUUCAUCGUUUGAACGACAUAUCAAUCACUAAUAGAUGACAGCACAGGCGGCCAAGCUCAAGUCUCGAGAAAAAACCAACGAUUAAUUCAUGAAAGCGUCACGCGUUGUGUGACUCGGUGUUAAGUUCGGCGUGGGGAACCGUUGAAAAUUUGAACACGUUACAAGGAACAGUACGGGGGACCAAAUGUAGUCGAUUUACAACAAUAAAUAUUUCGAAAUAUGAACACACGUAAAAUCAAUAAAACUUACCCACAUUCUUUGUGUCCGUCGAAGUUUCCGACGAUUUCUGCCGUUUUAAGCAUGCUUUACCAUCACUGUUAUUCAUGUUAAAAGACGAAGUUCCCUAUACUAUUCCUUGUGGCGUGUUCAAAUUUUUAACGCGUGACGCUUUCAUGAAUUAACUGUUGGCUUUUUCUCGAGACGUGAGCUUGGGCCGCCUGUGAUGACAGCGCUUUGCGUUAAAGUAUCUCUCCGAAUUAUCACAAACCCAGACCUGAAACAUAUCGAGUUAAGAUAACGUAAACAAAUACCCAUAUAGGCAUUAUUCCAAAUAACCCACGGAACGUCAACAAACCCUGAAAGAAACAACAAGACUACGGGAAAGGAGCCUUAUAAGUCCCGACAUAAAAGAAACCUUAGUUAUGAAAGGGUGAAAUUAGCUUUACAGUUUGACCCAAAUAAAUGUACGAGAUUUGAUCUCUUGGCUAGUUUCCCUUUUUUUGGGUUAAAAUCUCACCUUUUGCUUUCCACCUUAAAUUGAUUUGAUUUUAUGAUAAGCUUAUCGGAAAGCGCCUUUUUCAUUAAAUUCAAAAUUAACACAACGGCUACUGAAUAAAAAAGGAAUUAUAACUGAGAGGCAAUCACGACUAAGUAAAAAGAUUGCCUGAAGCGCUUGAAAAUGGAGACUGACCAAUGAUUAAGAUGAGAGAGUGGCACGUGUUUCCUGGACAGGUCCCAUAGAGUAUAUAGAGUGCAGAAAGAUUUUGUUAUGCAUCUUUUGAGUAUUGAUGAGGAUGUUGUCUACAUGUACUUACAUGCAUAUUCCAAAAAAAAUAUUUAGAAUGUAAAGUUCCUCUCGGCAUGGAAAACGGCAACAUACAGGACGACCAAAUAACAGCGUCCUCGCAAUGGAACUCAGCCACUCACGGCACCACCCGGGCUAGGUUGAAUCUUCUACCAAGCUCAGGAGCGGGAGGUUGGGUGGCUUUACAGCACACAGUUGAUGAGUGGCUCCAAGUGGACCUACGCAGUCAAUAUACGAGUGUUACAGGCCUGGCUACACAGGGGAGGAAUGAUCACGGUCAAUGGGUGACAAAAUACUACGUGCAGUACAGUUAUGAUGGAGUUAAGUUUGAUUCUUACAAGGAAAAUGGCCAGUCAUUGCGCAAGGUAACAGACAGUAAAAGGUUGAUCAACCGAAUUUGCAGCUGCAAUACAUGACUGAUCCAUAUGCCUACAUGAGGUUUCCAGUUAUCUCACCACACCAAGUUUCUCAUUUAUCUAAGUCCUUUUUCAUCAUUCCUUUGAUGCUGUUACAAUUAGCCACUUCAAUUUGGCCAUGCUUAAAUGCAAUUGUGAUUCAUUACAAUUUCUGAAACACUUCUGAUCAACUACACUAUAUUUUCCUUGAUUUAUUCCAUACUCUUUCUAUAUUUCAAAUCCAUUCUAUAUCCCUCUUCUAGAUUUGGGUGACCUAAAAACAAUAUUACCUUUCAUCUUUUUUUUUUAUUACUUUUUCUGCAAGUUAUCAAUAACAACUCUACUCCUGGAAAAAAAACCUUACUAUGACUCCGUAUUUUUUGGUUUAACAACUUUCCUAAUUUUCCCCAGCAAAUAAAAUUAAACAGCAUAAAAACUGGUCAUAACCCUUUUCCACCUAACAUUAGCAUUCUUGGUCUCUGUAGAAAUCUCUUUCGUUCUUAAAUUUCAAGUAACAAUUUUUCUCUUCCUCUUCCCCCUUCGUAUUCUUUUUGUACUCUUAGUUUGUUUUCGUGGAGUUUUAGUUAUUUUUGAGCUUUCGUUCGCGUAAAUUUGUUACUCCUUUGUUUGGAAUUUUAGGAAGUUUCGGAGUUUUUAUAGCAGCCAAAUGUUGUGGUUCAUUUAACAAGUUUAAAACAUAUUUUCUAUGGAGUUUAGACUCAAGCCUCUUUUUUCGUAAAUUGAUUAUUCUCUCCACACUGUUCUCUGCAUAUUUCCAAGGGUACUGACAAGAAUUUGUUCGAAAAUCAGGAGCUUCUUAAAAUGGUGAUCAUUUCCUUUAUCCUCAUGACCGACACUUUUGAUUCAUAGGUGAUGCUGUGGAUAUACAUUAGAUUCCAUGUACUCUCAGGGGUUAAAGCGUUAAUGAGUACAAUUAUUCCUCUCCUAUGUCAUUAUACCAAACAAGGUCAUGAGGACGCGAACAAUAUGCCACGAUAUAACACUGUAGCACAGGCAAAAAUAUGAAGCAACAAAAUGGCAGCACUGAAUGAUGGAACGAUCCAAACUUUGAUAUCGUUUUCUUUUUUAAAAAAACGAACUUUUAAGUGCGACAGAUUUAUUUUCUGGUAACAAAGAACACUUAAAUGGUUUCGUUCGUGUUGUUUUCGUCUUCCGCGUACUCCUUCUGCGAUCAAUACCAUGCACAGAUAAGGCCGUGGGAUGUAUUUUGCAAGCUGAAAUCGCAACAUCAAAAAGUGAAAUAAUAGUGGGAUAAUAGCUCCCCUAUUUGAUGCUUUAAUACUUAUGUAAUACGAGCGGACAUUUUGUCCAUUGCUUGCAGUAAAGUAUCACGCAACUCGCAAAUAUCCGAGUGUAUUGUAUGUUAAACCAUCGAAUAAGGUGUAUUUAAUGUUUAACUUUUGCUUUCGGUCUAAUUUCCGUUUUACUUCUGAUUUCUAAAAUUUUGUUCAAAGGAAUAGUGACAUCAUGAAAUCGGAUAAAAGAGCGCUACUUUCGUCAAAACUUUUUUCCCAGCUCAGAUUAAUUCCUAACAUUCAACCACUAUUUUGUGCUUUAGGAGUUUUCCGGAAAUCAGGACCGUGAUACAGUUGUAUAUCAUGAACUUAACCCGCCAAUCACAGCACGGUAUAUCCGUUUCCGGCCUCUAACAUGGCAAGGACUUGUGUCAAUGAGGGUUGAACUUUAUACCUGUCUGCAAGGUACUGCCUGAAUUAAUUGACAUGAACCGAAGCUCUGAAACUUUUUAGCGUGAUGCCAGUAAGCUUUAUAAUGAGUGGUUAAUUUUGUUGGUGGUAAAACUCGUGCAUUAUGCAAUCUUUUGCAAUAAACAAUCAACAAUAAUUUAUUAAUGUAGGAGUUAAAAUAGGAGGAUAUUGAAUAAAUAGCACAUAUUUGUGUAAAAAGAUAAAUAUAUAGAUGAAUAAAUGAGAGAGUCUCCACCAAUUUCACCGUUACUGCGAUAAACAAUUAUUUCAGUACUAAAUGGCCAAAAAUGACGUCAUUUCUGACGAUGUGCAGACAUACUUAGGCUCUACUUUUGACUUAAAACAAAACUUACUUUCUACUUACUUUUAGUGUGCACUGCACCAGCCGUUGGUAUGGAAACAGGUGACAUUCUAGAUUCUCAACUGUCUGCCUCAUCGGGAGAUCCUUCAAAGGCUCGUUUGAACGGAGUAGAGGCCUGGUGUCGACAAUGGCCGGAAACUGCGAACGAGAAUGUGUACAUCCAGGUAUUUAACAAAUUUGAAUCUGUCUGCCAAGUUAAAGAUCAAAAUUGACGAAAUAAUGAUGAGGUGAGAAAGAAGUGAACUAUUUAAUGUCCAAAUGAGCUUGCGAGUGACUGCUGGAGGCCGAUUCUUUUUUUGUUCAGGUAUUUUUUAUUUCACCACGUAACUUUUCCUUAUCGCUUUCCUUCCUCAUAAGUAUUGAGCUCCUGAAACUAAUUUUUUUUUCGCGGCUGUCUUUCCAUAACGACUUUGAGUUAAGUUGUCUAUAUUUGUUUGGGUUGAGUUAGGUAUUCAACACGAAAGAUGUGCAACGAGAAUAUCAACAAACGUGGCUAGGGUUGUUCUAUAAAGACGAUCGACUUUGUUUUGAGAUUUCCUUAUGAAUGGGUUUCGUAAAAUAGUCAUGGUCAUAACAGUCAAUCAAACUCAAGUGAUAUUUCAAUUUGAGCCUUUGCAAAACCAACCUAAAAGUUGUAAAGGUCCAUAGAUUCGAAGUAAGAGGGUGGCUUGGACCGAAGCAAAGGAAAAUGAACGCAACCCCACAUUACUUUUGACAAUCCAUUGCUCAAUCUGAUACUUCAUGAGGAUUUGAUAAUUGUAGGUAGAUUUUGGCCGACCUUACCGUAUUUGUGCAGUUGCCACUCAAGGAAAUAAUGCUGGAAACUAUGAUUACUUGAAAGAAUACAAACUGAGAUGGUCAGACGAUGGUGUUAGCUGGAGGGAAAGUCCAGAGGUAAAAGAGAAUUACAAUGGAAACAAGAAAUAUCACAAAAAACUGCCAACUCGUCUGUAUAUAUGAUUAUCAUGGUAUUCAACUAACUAUACUACUUCAAGCGCUCUCUUUCCGACCAACCUCUAUGCAAACAUUAGAAGGAAGAAGAGUUUCUUAUCAGAUAAGUAAGUUUCAUGCGGAUAAUGCAUACAAACCAGGAAUUGACUGAUUUGGGGAAAGUUUCUCGUAAGUCCCGGUAAUGUAACGAGUCUUAACCAUACUUUUAAAUCCCUAACUAAGAAAGAGUAGUGCCGGUCUUUUCUCAAAAAUCCGUUACCUCUUUUCUUUGCCAUGUUGAUCUAUGGAUUGAAUUGCAAACCAAUUAAGUCUCUUUUUUGAAUACAAACAAGUGGCAAACAAAAAUAAAUUAGGUGAUAAGGACAAGUGAGAAACAAGACAUUCGUAAGACAGCCCUUUGGUUGGACAGUUCUUAUUGAAAACAUUUUCUUUUCUUUGAGUCGCAGAGGUGACAACAGCCUUGAGACUAGCAACGUUUAUUUCCAGUACUGCUUUUUAUAAGUACUACUUUUGCAUUAAAUUUUCAGGUUCUAGAAGGAAAUAGCAACGCACAUGAAGUAAAGAAGAACAUUAUUCCGGUUAUUUACGCUCGAUAUUUCCUCCUUAUACCGUUAAAGUGGUAUCAUUGGACAUGCACAAGAAUGGAAGUUUACGGAGAACCUUGGCCAGAAGGUAUAUCUUUAUAUCUUAUUUAUAAAUUUCAAUGACGCUCCAUAAUACCACGUGCACGUGUAUGUCUUUUUUUUUUCUUAUUACAAUUAUCUUUCGUAGAGUUAUAUUUGUUCGACCAUUCUCGUGACAUGUGAACGUCUCCCUCGGCAGUGCCACUGAGGAUUAACUGAGUUAGGAGACCCAAUCCCUCCGAUUGCCCUUGAAUAUAAAGAAGCCUUUGGCCAUCUGGUCUCCUAAGAGUAAUGUUACAUGAACCGUGCACAUUUGCUUGAUGUUCUCAUGGACCAUAGAAAGACUUGUCUGAGCACUGCGAUUGAACAAAACCUUGUGGGGAAGGAUUGUAUAUUUUUACAUCCUCCUGAAAAAAUUCCAAAGUCAGGAAUAUUCCAAAUGUAAUCAUGCAAUGAACUCAUCUUCUACUUUGGGCGCUAUGAUUGGUUGUUUCCUUUGCUAUAUAUGUGCGUGAAAAUGAAUGGCUGCAGUAGUUCAAAACCUAUGUGCUUUGUCUGGUUCAACAUGAAAAACAGUCUUGGAAAUGAUGACAAGAUUUCAAAAAAUUUAACUCCAGUUACGAAUUGUAAAAGAACGUAACAGGUGUUUGCGAGCAAGAAAAACAAAAGGCGUUUUUCCAUUGACACAAGAACAUUGUUACAGGAAAAAAAUCACAGCUCGAACACUGUGAGGCAAAACAGUUUUGUGAUUUUUCAAAUUGUAUCUUCCUGUUCAGUGCACUAAACUCGAGUAGACUAUUUCACCUUGUCUGUUCGGUUUUAGAUAACAAACUCUCAAGCGAUUCGCGCGCCUGAUUGAUUUCUUGCCACGUUUGACGUCAAUUGAGAUCUACAACUGGAACAGACAGACGGAACAUAGAAUCCAUCGGUUAAUUCGAGAGGAUUCCGGGAUAAAGUUUUUCUACUUAAUCCUCCUCUAACUUGAAAGACUCAUUUUGAUCGUGAUGUAGUUGAUUUUAUACUCAGUAACACAACCUGUCUAGUGUGGACUCUACAUAUCAAUGAAAGGUGAAAGCCUAAAAUUAAAACUCUCUAUUUUUCUUCUAUUUUCCAUCUAGUCUCGGGAGCGUUGUUUGAGCCACGGUUUGGUCCGGGUAAAGCACUGCCAGGUCAUGUGAUUUCAUCACAGAGUGUCACUGAUGUCAUACAAUGUAUCAAGUUGUGCUUGGAAACCAAUCAGUGCCAGUCGAUUAAUUUUAACAACCAGCAAAAGAAAUGUGAAGUAAGCGGGUCCAAAAGUGAGAUGGCCCGUAUCCAAGAACGAAACGGCUUUCAUUAUUACGAGGUCGUGUCCUUCCAAGGCAUAUCUAUUUAAGAACAUGCCAAGGUUUCCACUUUACUUACACGUAUACUACGAUAGUAGCUAUACUGUGAAACCUUAAGCUUAAUGGAAGUAGAAACUCUCAUAAGCGAUUUAGUGGCACAAAACAGAAGCAGUCCAUCACAACAGUAGGUACUCAGUCACCACGCCACCAGAAAGACUCACCACCAAGGUGUAAUCAAUCUCGCCUCCAAGGCGUGUUACCUCGACACCACGUAAUAAAUGCAAUUUAAAAAACCCGGGUAUUUCCUUGGCAAUUCGAAAUA